AUGCAGAAGGAAGAGGCGGCGCCAAAUGAUCAAGAAGAGAACGAAGCUGAAGCUCUGGAGCUUGUUCUCUUUCAAGUGCCUGAAUGCUAUGUCUACUUGAUACCACCGAGGAAAAGUGCAGCUUCAUACAGGGCUGAUGAAUGGGAUGUAAACAAAUGGGUAUGGGAAGGGAUAUUGAAAGUAAUCAGCAAAGGAGAAGAGUGCAUUAUCAGACUUGAAGAUAAGAACACCAGUGAACUAUAUGCUCGGGCUUUUUUGAGAAAGGGAGAGCCUCAUCCAGUGGAACCUGUAAUUGAUAGCAGCAGAUAUUUUGUGCUACGUGUAGAGGAGAACAUUGGUGAGCUGCUAUACUUGCUUCAUUGGUUUAAGAUCUCUUGUUUAGGGAAACCUAUUAGACUAUUGUUGGAACGAUUCAGAGGCAUUAUUGACUCCUAA